AUGGAUUUUCCAGCUGUUACAGUCUGCCCUCUGAACGACUUUGCUGCAAGUAAGCUGUACAUGACAGAUGACAACCCAUUGUUUGCUUCCAGCGGGUUAAAUAUUAGCUCAUGCGCUGUGACCUCAAAAGUACGAAGUGAUCAACCUUGUGGAUGGUCGCUACUUUGUGUUUUACCUGAAUAUGAAACUUUACGCCCCGCUCUACCAAACUGCACGAGUCAAUAUAGAGAAGAACUGUUGAAUACAAUGCAAGAAUCUGCCCAUUAUAUCGACAAAGAAAAUUUACAUCGUUACUACAGUCAAGAGAUAGAAUCCCUCGUUGGACCCAAGUGCGAAUUUGAUAUUGCUGCAAAUUGUUCAGCAAAAGAUUUUGCUCCCUUGGUAACCCAAUGGAGUAAGUGCUACACCUUUAACUCAGGGAAAAAUGGCAAAAUAAAGAGGGUGAACAGUGCUGGUGUUUCGUUUGGAUUUUCUGUCAUUCUUGAUGCAAAGACAGAAGAAUAUAGUUAUGGAAAGUUUUCAGAAGGAUUCAAGGUGAUAAUUCACAAGCAGGGCGAAUUCGUUGAUGAAUGGGAGGGAAUCAACGUAGGUCCAGGACAACAUGCUGUUAUUGCGCUUUCAGAGAAAAGGGUAACGGUCUCCAUUUGUUUGGAGUUGAUGAUUCGUUUUGAAUGUUUGUUGUUUGUUGCUUUCUCUAACCAGUUCUAAAAGUAUUUCACUCAAGAAAAAAUAACCCAUGGCAUGCCAUAGAUCUAAGCCCCUCCUAAUAAGUCUCAGCUCUUAAACUUUUUUGAGCUCAUCAGUGUUAGUUUAAGAAAUAUUUCUACGAGUUACAGGAACUGAAAGAACAAAAAAAUAGCUAGACACUUAUUAAAUUGACCAGUUAAAAGUCUUUAGCUUUAUUUUUCUCUAAUUGUCAAAAUAAGUGAAACUGCAAUUCUGGUCCGUAAUUUGUUAAAACCCUUCCGGCAAACACAAGGUAGACUAAGUGGUUCCACGAAUACAUGUAUUGCUUGCUUUUCGUUCCUCGAUGUUGGUUUCAAGGGUUUGCUCGGGCAUAAACGUCUGCAAAAUCAACAUGAAAGGGGUGGGGGAGAAAAAGAGGCAAGCGUUUCAACAACUAUGACUGGGAUGUGUAAUGGAUGGUCUAACUUGAAAACUCACCAACGGAUUAUUGUUAUUUUUAGUACAAGAAUCUGGAAAAGCCGUAUUCUACCAACUGCAGCAAGAGAACUUUGGCAACGUUCCAUACUUACACAAUAGCGGGCUGUCUUUACGAGUGUGAGGCUGAAAUGGUCAUCAAGGAUUGUAAUUGCCGGCCCUCUGGCUACAAAGGUAGUAGCAACUAAGACUUAGAGAGCAAAGGUGUUUAUUAAGAACACUUUCAAUUAAAAUAAUCGUUUUAAAAGUAGAAGCAAUACAUUUGGUUGUAAUGCCAAAACCGAUUAUCUUGUUAAGGUUAUAAAACAAUCAAAACGAGGGGGCGGGCGGGGGCGCAAUAAGCAAUUCCUGGAACUCCUAGAGGUCUAUGUAAUUUCAGUUGUUUUAUUCUCAAACUUUCAAGGCAAUUUGAGAAUAAAGGAAAAAGGUGCAAUCGAGUGCUUCAUAUUCCUGGCAUAUCUGGCUAUUGGAAGGAACAGCAAGGGAGAGGGAAGCAUGAUUUUCCUUUUUCCCUAGAAGUAACCCUACUAAUAAAUUCAUCUUAUUUACGGUAAUUCUUAUUUCAAUACUUUGCUCUUAGAAAAGGUCUCUCAGAUGCACGCAUGCGUAACCGAAGGGGAAUUAGUCUGUGUUUCAAAUGUUUCAGGUAAGAGAUAACUGUGUGGACUACCGUCACACUGUCUUAUUUUAUUUUAUUUUAUUUUAUUUUUUUCGUCUUUAAGUUCUCACAUAUCGACCCUCUUUUGCUAGUUAAAGAAAUGCUGUAUAUCUGUGCACUUUAAAAGCUUUUAAGCCAAACGUUUCGUUGUCAACUGAUCCACUCACUGGUCAGAUAGAAUUUUCGAUAUGUUAUGUAUACAUAACUUUCAUGUGAAAACAAGCCUCGCAACCAACCCAAAGACAGAAACUUAUAUAGUAUACAAACGGUUGCAGUUUGGUCUCGACUUAUUGCCACAGUAUUUGUCACACAGAACAGUUUCAUGUGAAGAGUAUAAAGGAAAAACGAAGCAUCAUUACAUUUAUCAAGUUUUGUUUUAUGAAGCUCGAAAAAUAAAACAACGGAUCAUCUCAUCGUGUAUUUCCAGAAGCUUCUGUUAUUUUCUAAGGAGAUAUAGCACGUAGGAGAAGGCGAGGGCGCACUUGCACUUUUAAUGCAACUUUUUUAAGCAAGCGACAUACCGUAAGAGAUUAUAUCAUUGUUUAGCAGAGAAACGAUGCCGUGUAAAUUUCUUCAAUAGCUUCAGCGGAAUAUAGAAUAAGAUAUCAGCAAAUGUUGACAAAAUGAAAAAGAACAAUGUCUCGACUAUUUUAAGAUUUAUAUACACAUUUAUAUACACGUAGUUUAUCAUGAUUAAAGUUUUCAAUCUAAUAAUCAGAGCAUAUUACUAUCAGAUUACUUAGAUAUCCAGUCCUGUGAGUGUGAAGUGCCUUGUAAUCAGACUAAAUAUUACACUGAGGUGUCCUAUUCAAAGUUUCCCAGUCCUGGCACAGCUAGAGUUCUACAGCUGCGCGGCUACACACGUGACUUACAAUACCAAAGGUAACGUGUUUUCAAUGCCUACUAGUCAUCCUUAAAAUGGAAAUUGCCUUUCAUAGCUAAAUCUUGUAGGUUAAAAACAACGCUCACUCAAAAACAACACUCUAAAUCAAGCAAGAAGUAUAUUUGGCAAUCGGGUACUUGAGGAAGAGUGUGUUACAGCGAAGGCUGGCUUAAGCGGCGGCCCAUUUAGGUUUUUAAGUUACGGAAAACCUGGCUGCCGUUGCAGAAAGCCGAGGAAGUUACUUAACUUUUAUUCAUACUUUUAACUUUAUAUACGGGAUUAUUAGAGAUGGCGUUUUCAGCUUACAGCUUACAGAUAUAAUUAUAGAUUUAUGGAUAGUCCUUCUUUGAAACUCUGUCAUUCGUAUUCAAGAUGGUGUUCAAAAUGGCAGCCAUCUUGGAUNUGUGAGUGUGAAGUGCCUUGUAAUCAGACUAAAUAUUACACUGAGGUGUCCUAUUCAAAGUUUCCCAGUCCUGGCACAGCUAGAGUUCUACAGCUGCGCGGCUACACACGUGACUUACAAUACCAAAGGUAACGUGUUUUCAAUGCCUACUAGUCAUCCUUAAAAUGGAAAUUGCCUUUCAUAGCUAAAUCUUGUAGGUUAAAAACAACGCUCACUCAAAAACAACACUCUAAAUCAAGCAAGAAGUAUAUUUGGCAAUCGGGUACUUGAGGAAGAGUGUGUUACAACGAAGGCUGGCUUAAGCGGCGGCCCAUUUAGGUUUUUAAGUUACGGAAAACCUGGCUGCCGUUGCAGAAAGCCGAGGAAGUUACUUAACUUUUAUUCAUACUUUUAACUUUAUAUACGGGAUUAUUAGAGAUGGCGUUUUCAGCUUACAGCUUACAGAUAUAAUUAUAGAUUUAUGGAUAGUCCUUCUUUGAAACUCUGUCAUUCGUAUUCAAGAUGGUGUUCAAAAUGGCAGCCAUCUUGGAUUUAUCUGAAAUUUCAGAUUUAUCAAAGUAGAGAAAUACAUAGUUUAUGAUUUAUCAUGUUUUGACUUUUGGUAGCAUUCUCUUUGCCAAAAAGUGUGAAUUCUGGCUAAAAAGGCAGGCUCGGCCUCAUGCCACUUUUGAAGUCGCAUUUCGGCGUAACCGCUUCAUCCGACUGGGAUCCAAUUUUGUCACAAUAUGUGAAUAGGGAAUCCACCUACCUCUCCUCCCGGAGUGUAAAUAUGUUGUCUUCGACACUUUCUUUUCACAGGGAUAACCUUGUACUUUUACAAGUGGGAUUCAAGUCACUUAGUUAUGAGAUGCAAGAACAGAAGCCAGCAUACGAUAGCAAUACCUUAUUUGGUAAACAGUUGCAGAGUCUCUUUAUUUUCCUUCGUAAACUUUUAAUGUGUUAGCUAACAAAGUCGGUAAGUUAUUGUCCGGGUAGCAAACGACCCUUCUCAGUGAACGAAAACUGAUACUUAACUUUAUCAAGAUACCCCCAAAAUCUAGUGGAAUUUCCGGGUUCAAUUGAAGAUGAUGAAAAUGAACUUUCUUCAUUUUCUAAACAAGGUCUCCGAGGAAACGUAGUUAUUGAGCAAAUAUGUAGAAAUAAUGUGGAAUAAACGAAGUCUGGUACCUAGGAUCUAUGUUUCCAUAAACUGCAGAUAUCAGCAAACUAUAUAAGUUGGGCACUUAAAGACCAACCGAUGUAAUUAUUCAUUUUUGAUUUAUCAGGUGAUAUUGGAGGUAGCAUGGGUUUGUUCUUGGGAUGCAGCCUGUUAACUAUCUGCGAGUUCCUCGACUUUUUCAUCAGUCUCCUAGCAACAAGACAUCGACGACCCCCUCAUCCAACGUCAGUAGUAGCGUUGAAAAGUCACUGA